AUGGCUUUCCGGUCGACCUAUGCUGUCCCGCAAAACUUUGCGUCCACGUCCACGUCUGGCCCAUUGAUCGCGUCGGUCAAUGGGAGCAAGUUCAGGCAGGCGCAGGUCGCGUCUAAGCCUGCACCCGUCCUUGACCUCCCUGCUCUCCAGGCUGCUAGCCGCGUAUUGCAGGAGCAGCUGGUAAAGGACUCGCAGACAAUCCCGGACUUAGGUGAUAUGAUCUUGGUGACAAUCCGUGUAGCGGGACAACCUUCGUCCGCCCUGUAUACCGUGUUUCCCGACGACUACCGCGCGCCUUUUCAAAAGAGGAGACACAUAGGGAUACCGGAGGGUUUAUGGCAGUACUACACUUCCACACAUUUGGCCACGCAUAUGGGACUGCUGCCAGAGAUCGAACGCGUCUGGAUAUCCAUAGACCACAACCUCUUCUUAUGGGAUUACGUGGACGGUCAAGAGUUGAGCUCCUACGUGGAUCAACCAGACGUGAUCACCCAUGUCGCUCUCGUGAACCCAAAAAGCGGCGUCUUCAUUGACGAAAUUACGUCCCUCCUUGUCAUUUGCACGCCUGUUACUGUCCUCCUCAUCGGCGUCUCCACUCAUCCCGUACCUGGGCCGAACAAUCAGACCCGCAAGGACAUCAAGUUAUACGCCACUGACAUGUCAUUAGCCUGCGACGUUGAGAUGACUUCUGUAAUCGGUACUCCGGACGGUCGCAUAUUCAUGUGCGGACAACAGGAUGGAAACCUGUACGAGUUGCACUACCAGGAGAAGGAAGGGUGGUUCGGUAAGAGGGUUCAACUAAUCAACCAUUCGGUUGGUGGUAUGCAGAGCUUGCUCCCCCGCCUUGGCUCGUCUAGCUCAGAAGACAGGAUCAUCACCCUAGUCUCUGAUCCCGCAAGGAACUGCUUCUACUCUCUGACGGCCAACAACACCAUCUCCGUCUGGAAAACGAACGGAGACAAGCACGUGCAGCAUCUUCAGACUAUCUCAAAUCUCUACAAGGCUGCUCAAGACAAGGUCCCCGGAUCGCCUGCUCUCACGCCACAAAACUUCAACAUCAUCGCCCUGCACGUUGUCGACCCCAGCGAGUCGCGUACUGGCGUUCAACUAGUAGCUGUCACAAUCAACGGUGUUCGCCUCUACUUCUCACCAUCUUCCUACGGAAAUUAUGGUUGGGGCUCAACAUCCGCGACUGGCGUUCGUCCUCUUUCGCUCGUUCAUGUGCGCCUGCCUCCACCCAACCUGAUCCACCCCGACGAGCAAGGACGACAGUUCCGCGAAACUCACGUUGGGUAUGGUGUAGGCCAGGCCCAGCCUGCUCCCCCUCGACCGUUCAUCCUUUCCAACCUCAACAACUCAUGCUACGACCACGGAAUCACUAUCGCUGUUCAGAACGCCGACAUCGCCGACACAGACUACGUUCUGUGUCUCACGCCUGACCUCACCCAAAUUGGGUCACUAGGGCAGACUCAUCCGCCCCAGCUCCAGCAGUCCUCCGCGCAAUAUGCCAAUCCAACCUAUGGUGCGGUUACGGGCCCAAGCCGACCGCCACUCACAGAGCGUGCCACGCUCGUACCAAUCCCUGGCCUUACCUGGGGCUUGGCUCCUGUUCCUCGGUCCAAGUACUCCUUGGCGACCACAGCUCCUCCCAAUACCCCCGCACCCCUUGUCACGAACGAGCUCGCCACGCAGUUCUCUGAGCCCGCCAGGCAGUACAUUAUCUUGACCAACGGCGGAUUACAUUGGAUAGCUAAGCGGAGGGCUGUCGAUGCUCUCAGGGAUGUCCUUGAGGAAUUUUCAGGGGAGAGCAACCCACAACCGUUGAUCCAGUUCCGUGACAGCUAUGGUCGUGAUCAGACAUGUGCAAUGCUUCUCGCUAUCGCUAGUGGUAAUACCUUCUUGGACCCCAUGGAGCAGUCGCCGCUGGGCUCCAUGAGCCGUGUCAGCCCUGAACUUGUGACUGCUGCGAAACAAGCGUUCUACGACUUCGGCGAACGCCCAACUUGGGCGGAGCGCGUCACAUACGGCACUAGUGAAGGUUCUGGUACAGCUACGUUCAGUGGCAGGCGAGAAGGACUUGCUCUUUACUUUGCUCGAUUGGUGCGGCCGUUCUGGAAGGUGUCGAUCACGAAAGCGAGAUCUGGCGGCUUGCAGGACCUCAAUGUGCCCGACGAUGUCCUUGUGACCGCGCAGAAGAACCUGUUCGCUCUCAAGGAGCUCUUGGACACAAACCCUCACUUGUUCCAUUCUGCACCAGGUGACCACACCGGGGCACGCUCUGCGACCGCAAGCGAACAAGAAGCGUGGAAGGCGGAGCAAAGCUCCGUGGCUCAGCUCCUGAGCCUAUUGGGACGAAGCAUCGAAGCGAUCGCCUUCAUCCUGCUCCUGAAUGACCACAGGCUAGGCGAACUCAUUGCUCAUUGUGAGCCCGAUAUCCAGAAGCUCGUCAGUUCUCUGACUUUUGAGGAGCUCAUCACCUCCGACAAGGGCGUCGCUGCUUCUCGUGCACUGGUGAACGUCAUCAUCAAUCAGCAAAUCGGCCAGCAGAUUAGCGUCGACACCAUUAGCGAGGUGCUUCAGCAACGCUGUGGGUCCUUCUGCAGCACCGAUGAUCAUUUGUGUCUCCAGGCGCGCGAGAACGUCCGUAAGGCCGUUGAGACUCGCAACCCAGUCGAACGCCAGACGUGGCUGGGGGAGUCCCUCAGGUUGUUUAUGAAGGGUGCUCGCAAUCUCGAGUUCGACAAGUUGCGAGAAAUCAUCGGAGAUUAUCAGCAACUGAGCUAUGCCAAAGGCACGGUUGAACUCCCUUUGUACUGCGCGCAAGUCUUCGAUACCGACCUCCAAGGACAAGAGUACUGGAUUGCAGGAUACCCCCAGAACGACUCCCGAGCCCAGUUCUGGGAGCGCCGGAAGCAUUGCUACGAGCUUGUUCUCGACUCGCUGUCAGUCUUUGAGGAACGCUGUGUUCCUGGAAAGCAGGACGCCGCUCAAGUGGAUGAUCCCGAGACCGUGCGGGGUCAUGCAUAUGAGUUGGCGUUUGCGAGCGAAGAUGAGAUGUUCCACUCGACAUUAUACGAUUGGUUGAUUGGUCGGGGCAUGGCUGACCAACUUCUUGAGAUGCGUCCAGCCUAUCUCGAGGCUCACCUGCGGCGUGAACCAGUCACUGUGGAGAAGUUCCAGCUACUAUGGCAGUUCUACGUCAAGGAUGGCCAGCCGCUCCGUGCAGCCGAGGUCCUCGCGGUACUCGCUGAAUCGACUGAGUUCAACUUGUCCCUCGAGACGAGGCUGGAGUACUUGACGCUUGCCGUCAGCAAUGCGAAGUCGCAUCCCGUAUCAGUCGGCGGUCGGCAUGAAACGGCUAUCGCGUUCCUUACAGAACUCGAGGAGAAGCUGGAGGUUGCCCAAGUGCAACUGGAGCUGUACAAUACACUCCUACCCCGCCAAAAUGAUCCGGAACUUGCAGAACGAUUCAAGGCGCUAUCAUACCGUCUGUACAACAUCACUGAGCUGUAUCAACUAUAUGCCGAUCCGCUGGACCUACCCCUCAUCAAACUCCUCAUCUUGCACGUUUCGGAACAUCGUGAUGAGAGCAUCGUCCGACCCAUAUGGAACAAAAUCUUUGAAGAAGCCGUCGAAGGCGUCGAAGCGAAGGUUGCCGCAGACCGGAUCAUGGGCCGAGUCAUUCCCCUCGGACAGCGAUACUAUCCCUCCGAGAGCGCUUUCCCGCUUCAACACAUCGCGUCCCUACUGGUCCGCUUCGCUCUCGCACACAAGGGCGAGCUGCCUUACGGCUGGGCUCCUCGCAUUCUGACUCAAUGUGGUGUUCCGUAUCCGGAAGUAUGGGAUAUCCUGCACGAGAUGUACGAGUCACAGGUCCCGCCGUUCAAUGAGCAAGCCAACGUGCAAGCGAUCUCGUCCGACAUUGCGGUGUUGUUGACCGACUGGGUGGAAGAAGCGAAGCGGCCGCAGUCCUCUGCCUCGCGCGGAGAGUUCCCUGUGUUCCGGAUAGAUCAAGCUGUCGAACAGUACCUCGCGGAGUUGGAGCCCAGUCGUAUUGAAACGAAAGCGGCGUACGAGUCGGUCAAGCGCCAGCUGCGUCGACACUGGUGA